CUUUCUUUCUUACUUUUUAUAUCAAUAUCAUUUUGAUCUGAAUAAGAUAUACUAUAAUUAUUGAAAGUUGACAAUAAUGGCGUAUCAUGAUCAAUAUCAUCAUGAUCGGUAUGGAAAUAAUUCUCCAAGACCUCCACCAGUAACAAGAUUCAAUGAUCAUCCAUUACAAUCCUAUGAUUCUGGUUAUCAAGAUCAUCGUGAAGGAAUGAAUCAGCCUUUAUUAGCUAGUGGUAUGUCUCCUGCACCUACUCCUCCUAUGAAUCGACCUAAUCAUAUUCAAUUCAACAAUUCUUCAACUAUGAUGAGUGGAGGUGCUCAACCAUCUGGUGGUUAUAUGCCUUUUCCUUCUGCUGGUGGUGUACCUUAUGUAGGUGAAGCUCCUCGUAGACAAGCUAGACGUUACAAGACUGUUCGAAAAGUGAAAUUGACAGGUGGAAACUUGGUGUUGGAAAAUCCUGUACCUACCAAAUAUUUACAAUAUGUCCAACGACGUGAUGCUCAUGAAUUUACUCAUAUGCGCUAUACUGCUGCUACUUGUGAUCCUGCUAAAUUUGUUGCUGAAAAGUAUCAAUUACGUCAACAAUUAAUGAAUCGUCAAACUGAACUAUUUAUUGUCCUUACCAUGUACAACGAAGAUGAAGUUUUAUUUGCUCGUACUAUGCAUGGUGUAAUGAAAAAUAUCGCUCAUUUAUGUUCAAGAGAUAAAUCCAAAACUUGGGGAAAAGGAGGCUGGGAAAAGAUUGUUGUAUGUAUUGUAUCUGAUGGUCGAACCAAGAUUCAUCCUCGAACCCUUUCUUUAUUGGCUGCUUUGGGUGUCUAUCAAGAUGGUCUUGCCAAAAAUAUCGUGGGUGACAAACCAGUGACAGCACAUAUUUAUGAACACACUACACAACUAUCCAUUGACCCUGAAAUGAAAUUCAAAGGUGCAGAUAAAGGGAUGGUACCUUGCCAAGUAUUAUUCUGUCUCAAGGAAAAUAAUCAAAAAAAGAUCAAUUCUCAUCGAUGGUUCUUUCAAGCCUUUGGUCCAUGUUUGAGACCUAAUGUAUGUGUACUUUUGGAUGUCGGAACAAGACCUGGUCAUACAUCUAUUUAUCAUUUAUGGAAAUCCUUUGACAUCAAUACCAACGUGGCUGGCGCAUGUGGGGAAAUUAGAGCCAUGGUAGGUCCUGGUGGUGCUUAUCUUUUAAAUCCAUUGGUGGCUGCUCAAAACUUUGAAUACAAGAUGUCGAAUAUUUUGGAUAAACCAUUGGAAUCAGUAUUUGGAUAUAUUUCAGUCUUACCAGGUGCGUUCUCUGCUUAUCGUUAUGAAGCAUUACAAAAUGAUAUUAAUGGUCAUGGUCCUUUGGAAAAAUACUUUUUGGGUGAACAAAUGCAUGGUGCUGAUGCUGAUAUUUUUACAGCUAAUAUGUAUCUUGCUGAAGAUCGGAUCUUGUGUUACGAACUGGUUGCUAAAAAGGAUGCAUCUUGGAUUUUACAUUAUGUAUCAAGUGCUUUUGGGGAAACAGAUGUGCCUGAUAAUGUACCUGAAUUUAUUUCACAACGUCGUCGAUGGCUCAAUGGUUCCUUCUUUGCUGGUAUCUAUUCUAUGGUUCAUUGGAGAAAAGUAUGGUCAUCUGAUCAUAAUAUUAUUCGAAAACUCUUAUUCAUGGUAGAAGACUUAUAUCAAUUGGUCAAUCUAUUCUUCUCUUGGUUUGCAUUGGGUAAUUAUUAUCUGGUCUUCUAUAUCAUGAGUACGGCUAUUUAUGAUCCUCACUUGACCAAGAAACCGUUCUCUGAUACCGUUGGUCAAAUCAUUCAUAUUAUUCUUAAUUAUAUCUAUCUCUUUUUGUUGGUGGUUCAAUUUGUAUUAGCUUUGGGUAAUCGUCCUCAAGGGUUUAAACUUGCUUAUACUGUCAUCAUGGUGUGUCUUAGUGUGAUUAUGGCAUACUUAUUAUUCUGUACAGGUUGGAUUACAUAUGUCAGUAUCACCACAGUAGUGACGCAGUGGCAUGACGCUGAAGGGACCUUCCUUACUCUGCUCAAAGAAUCAACUUUCCGAAAUAUCUUGGUAUCCGUAUGUUCAACCUAUGUGAUGUACUUUGUUGCUAGUGUUUUAUUUUUGGAUCCAUGGCAUAUGUUCACUAGUUUGAUUCAAUAUGUCCUUAUGUCUGCCAGUUUUGUCAACAUCCUCAACAUUUAUGCUUUCUGCAAUACUCACGAUGUGUCUUGGGGUACCAAAGGGGAUAAUGGUGUAGCUACAGAUCUUGGUGUGGUUAAGACGAAAAAAGACAAGGAUGGUACACAUACAGUAGAAGUGGAAGCACCAACGGAACAAAAGGAUUUGAACGAACAAUACGAAGAGGCUAUCUUGGAUUUGAGGAAAGUCGUCAAGGCUGAAGAAUCUCAUCGGGAUGCUAAAACCAAGCAAGAAGAUUACUACAAGGCUUUCCGUACCCGUUUGGUGUUGGGCUGGAUCCUCUCCAACAUGAUCUUAGUAGUGGCUAUCACAAAUACUUCAAAUCUUUGGAGUGAUAGUCUCAAAAACUCUCGCGCUGAUUAUUAUAUGGGUGCAUUAUUAUGGAGUGUUGCUGGUUUGGCUGCGAUUCGUUUUGUGGGCUCUUGUAUCUAUUUGGUUUUCAAGAUUUUCACUGGAUGACGAUCUUUUUUUCCUAUGAUACAUCCCCUUUCUUUUUUUUAUUAUUAUUAUUAUUUUAUCAUUUUACCAUAUGCAUACAAAUAUUAUUAUUCGUUUAUCAUAGUUUUAUUGUAUUUACUUUUGAUAGUACACAGAUCAUAUUUUACCCUUCUAUUUACUAUUAUCAUUGUUUGUUUCUUCAAUACAGUACAUACUACUUUUUUUUUGGGUCUCAUUUCUGAUUGUCAAGUUUCAUACAUCUUAUAUGUACGAUAAUUCUUUUUUUUUAUUUUAUUAUUUCGUUCUCAUGAUAUUUUGUAAACGAUAGCUUUCUCAAAUAAAUUAUUAUUUUAUUAUACCAU